CGUAGUCGUGAACAAGUAGCGUGUGAUUUAAUCGUUAUACUGGGUAGAGGCUUCCGCUGAGCUUAUUGUUAUACCGGGCAGUACAUCGAAGGCCGCAUGUCUUUCGAAAUGCUUGUUGGCAUUGCCAAAGAAAAUAUUUGAAAUAGGAUAUAAAUGAAAAGUGUAGCUUGUUUGUGUACUGUAAACCAAGUGGUCUCUAAGGAUGUUUAAGUGAAAAAAUCACCACACAUGACAUAUUAAGAGUUAUGAAGCUGUGAUUGGUUCAUAAUAAAUAUUUGAAAUUAGGUAAAUUCUCUCGCACCUAAGUGAGUGUUUAGGCCCCAUUGCUGGCUAUUAGAUCAAUGUUUUCAAUAGUCCUACAGGAAUUCCCGCGUUGUUACAACAGGUGAUAUUGUGUGAGCGAGGCAUGGAGUGAUUGGAGGUGUCGGACAAAAUUUCGGAGAAAACCGUUCGUGUGUGACGUUACAAAGACAGAGCGAAACAACACGUCAAAGUUUCACGGACAGCGGACAAGUCAAUUUAAACUCCGGUGACGUCGCAAAAGCGUACAAGUCAUGAAUGGUGGACAUAUCCAUGAUCAGCAGCGCCCCCUGGGGAGUUUGACUGACAAGGAACCUUAAUUAUCCUAAACAAAGUGCCGUAGUCCUUUAAUACAGAGGAGGAACUCGUCACCUGAUCCAUACUGACCUUCAUAAAGGUGUUCAGUUCCAGUUGUCAGGAUGAUGGAGUACGAACGUUACAUCACCAUUGUCUUCCUAUCCGCCUUCGCCUUGGUGGGAACUGUGGGUAACAUUCUAGUACUGUACGGCUUUACUAGGUGUCGCCAGAAGUUCACGUCUUCCCUUUUCAUCCUCACCCUAGCUGGCAUUGAUCUAAUCACGUGUGUCAUUACCAUACCGUCAAACAUUGCGAUGGAAGUUCUAAACUUCAAUGUUCCAUACGACAUUAUAUGUAAGCUCUAUCACUUCCUCGUGUCUACGACAAUUCCGUUCUCGGCGUUCAUCAUGGUGGCCAUUGCGGUCGACAGGUAUUUCUGCAUCUGCAAGCCUUUCGCUAAGGUGAUGACUCACUACCGUGUCGGGAUUAUCGUGGCCAGCCUGUGUAUAACGUCCAUCUGUCUAGGAAUGUUAUCCUGUCUUAACUAUGGUAUCUACAAGAACCCCGAUAAUCUGUACGAAAACUUGAUAGACCGGAACAUGUCCAACAUCGGUCUGAACCAGGCAAUGGAAGCUCAACUGAUGGAGCUUCUCAAGGAGCUCAGUACGCAUGACAAAAACGACCUGCUCACGGAACCAAUCAACACGUUCAAGUGUCAGGAGUCCGCCAUGUUGCUAGGAGAUGAAUUCUUUUCGAUUUUCCAAAAGAUAUAUUCGUCGUUUUACGGUUUAUCGUGUGUAUUUGUAAUUGUAAUUUACUCCGUUAUCUACAGGUUCAUCCUGAAGCGAAGACAACGGCGCCUGCGCAUGGAGUCGUUUCCGUGUUGCACCUUCCGGGUGCCACAUAAUGGCGACAGUGAGAAUACAGAGGUGAUGUACCUCAGCCAGGACGCCUCGGUCGUCGUGGAGGAACGCGACAAAAACCACAACGCUGAAUCUCAACGACAGCUGGUCCGCAGUGAAAGUAGCGAAAGAAAAAAGGACAAGUUUAGUCUGGGUCACGAAAAACAGGAACGAAUCCGGAGGAACAAUAUCAAGACGGCCAUUAUGCUGUCUCUGGUGGCUUUUGUGUUUAUUGUGGCCUUCCUGCCGGCCUGGCUGAUGAAGCUGAGACUUGUGGGUAUGAACGUAGUGGUAUUCAACAUGUAUUUCAUCUACAAUGUCAUUAACCCGUUCAUCUACGCUUUCAUGAAUCCAGACUUUCAGAACCAAUUAAAAGAGGUAUUCCUCAAUCUCUGUCGGUAAAACAGGCUUAGUCGUGCUUUAUAGUUUCAUAUUUUUGUCAGAACGAGAAAAAUCUUACAAAUGUGCUGAUUUCAUCGCCGCUGUGUUAAAAUGAACUCUUGCACAUACUGUUGAUUAUCUGCUACACAAUUCUGUACUCGUCUCGGUUGUUAGUUUUGUUUAUGGACGUGCUUUACCAUUAACAAACACUUGUAAAGGAUGCGACAGAGUGUGAACAUGUACACUAGAUCUUUUGUAAAUUCAUGUAAGACAAUUGUGAUCAUAAAUCGUGUUAAUAGGAUUGAAUUGUAUAAACAUAUUUAUAUUAUAGCGUGGUUACGCAACGAAAAUUUAACAUAACGUAAUAUUUAUCAAUGUUUAGUAUAAAUAUACACAUGUAUAGUUAAUUUGUAAAAGAACAACUUAAAUGUUUGAUUGGCGUCUCGAUAUUAGCUAAGCUUUGCGUAACAAUGUACCCUGACCCCUUUAUAUAAACGCACUAUACACAGAAAUCGAUCCUCGAGAACAACUCACAUCCCCAUCCAUUGUCUGCAAACUGGUCAAAUGGUUAAAUGGCAAUGUCGACAGAUGAAAUAAUACCUGGCCAGAACACAAGAGUCGCUACUUCAUCCCCGAAUGAUAAUGUCAAAAUUAUUAAUGUCAAAGGUUACACCAACCUUGUUGGUAUCAAUACUGAUAGCAAAUUCAUUGUGAACUCAAUAAGUAUAUACUGUCAAAUACAAUAAUAAGCGUAUUAACCCCUAUGGCUAGCUGUGUAUAUCUAUAUUAUAACCUCUAUAGUAAGCUGUGUAUAUCUAUAGUAUAACCCCUAUAGUAAGCUGUGUAUAUCUAUAUCAUAACCCCUAUA